CGUGAAUCAGUCAGCUAAUCAGUGAUGCGAAGUUUGGAAACAGAAGUCAUUAAGUCUCACCCAGAAUGCUCACUGACAUUAGUAAACCAAUCUAACUGUCACACAGCCUCUUGUUUACGUUGUUUCAUUUAUCUUGUGAAUGUUUUGGUUUAUAGUCGGGACUGUAGUUUGUAAUUCAAAAGUUCAUUAAAAAAUUCCGAGAAUUAGCAUUUUUUAGCUUCCUUGUAUGAAAAUUAAUAACCUCCUGAUUGGAAAUCAGGGGGCAGCAGGAAAACAGACUGAAUUUAAAAACUUUACAACAGCUGUAUGUCAGCAGACCUCCUUUUAUUUGCCGGCCAUGUGUGUUAGGGAGCCGUGUUUGGACUUCUUUGGCGGCUGUCCUCAGUUUUUGCCCGGUGACCUGUGCCUUACUUCCAGGUCAGCGCCUUCUGCGGGUCCCAACAAUGUAUCCCUUACAGGGGAGCGAAGAGCUGGCGCUUCGGCAAGUCCCUCUGGAGGCUCAUCAAAACACAGUUACCAUGGACACAAAACUUGACCAGGAGAGGAGUGAGGAGUGUGUUUGUGUGUACACACUGUGUGCGAAGGGAAACGAGAAGGAGGGUAAAGACAGGACUGUGUGUGUGAGGGGGUGUGCAGCCGUGCGCGACUGACUGCCAGCAAUCUGAUCCGGUGAAAGACAUUGACAACCAAUAGGAAGCGGAGUGCGGCUUGUUUCCAUGGGAGGCCCCGGGAGGCGAUGCCAAGCCGCUAGAAAGCAACGCAGCGAGCGGGGAGAAGCGCAGGCAGCAGCCGGGGAGUGCGGAGACCCUGCAGCCGCUCCGUGGCACUGCGCUCGCGGAUGAAAGCGAGGUCGCUAGAAGCCACAAGAAAAGACAACAAGCUGCCAGAGGCCAGCACAUGACAGAAAGAGAAAAUUCAUUAAGUCAGACCUGGCUCUGGACACUGAAGAGCUCUUCCAGGACCUCAGUCAGCUGCAGGAGACUUGGCUGGCAGAAGACUUGCUCAUUGUGGUCUAACUGAGACGUGAUGCUUCAGGAUUUAAGUGCGAGUGUCCUCUUCCCAUCGUGUCUGCAGCACCGAAGUUUUGCUCAAGUUCCUGACAAUGACGAGCAGUUCGUUCCAGACUUCCAGACUGAAAACUUGGCUUUCCACGGACUGCAGCUGAAGAUCAAGAGGGAGCUGCACAGCCCGUGUUCAGAGCUGAGCUCCAACUGUAGUCAGGAACGGCCCUUCAAACUCCAGUAUGGAGAGAAGUGCCCGUACAACAUCAGUGCCUAUGAGCAGAAGCAGCCUGCAGGAAUGAAGCCCUCCAGCCCAGUGACGCCCCCCUGUAGCACCCCUGUGUCCCCCCUCCAUCAUGCCUCACCCACGGCGGCCCCGACACCCAAACCAGACAGGACCUACGCUCAGAUACCGCCCUCACAGCCGCUCCCUGACAACGCCUACUCGAUGGACCACAGAUUCCGACGUCAGCUCUCGGAGCCGUGCCACUCAUUCCCCUCCCCGCCAACGAUGGCUCGGGACGGCCGGCCCAUCUACCACAGGCAGAUGUCAGAGCCCAACAUCCCCUUCCCUCCUCAAGGCUUCAAGCAGGAGUAUCCUGACCCCUUGUUCGAGCACCCGGCCAUGAUGGGAGCGCCGCUACCCCACACGUACCCCGCCUCCAUGAUGAUCAAACAGGAGCCGAGAGACUUCACCUACGACUCAGAAGUGCCUAGCUGCCAUUCUGUCUACUUACGGCAAGACGGCUAUCUGGCUCACACUAACAGGACUGAAGGCUGCAUGUUUGACAAAGUGGUGAGGCAUUUCUACGAUGACACCUGCGUGGUGCCUGAGAAGGCUGAAGGUGACAUCAAGCAGGAGUCCGGCCUGUACCGCGAGGGCCCGUCGUACCAGCGCCGGGGCUCGCUGCAGCUCUGGCAGUUCCUGGUGGCUCUGCUGGACGACCCGUCCAACUCCCACUUCAUCGCCUGGACCGGCCGCGGCAUGGAGUUCAAACUCAUCGAGCCAGAGGAGGUGGCUCGGCGGUGGGGGAUACAGAAGAAUCGACCGGCGAUGAAUUACGAUAAGCUCAGCCGAUCGUUGCGCUACUACUACGAGAAGGGAAUCAUGCAAAAGGUGGCCGGUGAGAGAUACGUCUACAAGUUCGUGUGCGACCCCGAGGCCUUGUUCUCCAUGGCGUUUCCCGACAAUCAGCGGCCGGUGCUGAAGACGGACAUGGAGCGGCAGAUCAACGAGGAGGACACGGUGCCGCUGUCGCACUUUGACGAGAACAUGGCCUACGUACAGGAGGGGCCAUACUGCCCGCCGCACCCCUACAGCGAGGGCUAUGUUUAUUAACGCCAGCCCCACACACACACACACACACACACCCCUCCACCGUACCUUCCCCUCCGCCUCCUCCGUCCAUACACCUGAGACUGUCAUGUCCUCUAAUUCACAGUCGCUCCGGGAAUAAGACUGAACACACCCACACACACGCACACACACACACAUGCAGCUUCCUGUCUCUCUCUCUCUCUCUCUCUCUCACAUAAACUCAUCCUCCUUUUUGCUCUCGUCUUUCUGGCGUCCAGGCCGCACAGCAGGAAGGAGAGUGCACUUUAUGGACAGGAACGGCGCGGCGUUAACCUGCCAGGGGCUCGCUAUGUGGUUGGCUUUUUAUGUUUGUACAGUAAUGUGGGAAUCAUUCUGUUUAUUCCUUUGCUUUUAUUUUUAUUACUCUCAUGAUUCGGAGCAUGUGGCGCCCUGGUGAGACAGGACUCAACGGCCAAUUCACGCCAUCACCCAUGGACUGAACUCUUCCUGCAAAAGAAAAAAGAAAAAAGUCUCGCCUGCACGCGUGCAGCAAAUUGAAGGAUGAUCCCUUUUGUUCGACUUGUCCUUCAGUUUGUCCUCAGUCAUCCUGUACUUUCAUGCUCAUUUAAGUGAAUACUGGCAACGUAUUGUAACGAUAACUUUAAUGUCGAAGCGACACGAUAAUAGACUCGAAGAAGUGACGUGAAAAUAAAAGAGACAUUUAGCUGCCAUCGGUGAGGACUGGCUCGCCGCCAGUUUGAGCACAGCACCUCUUGUCUGUCGUCCAAUCAGACUGUAGAUCUCAUCCCGUAGGUGUUUCCGCCGUAAUAAACUGGAUCAUCCUCUCGACGGGUUAGCAACCAUGAAACCUGAGUUGUACUGAUGGAAAUACUUUCUCAGCAUCACAUGUGAACGGCCGGCGUUUAGGAUAAUCAGUAAAGCGACAGGCCGCUGUAUAGUAAGUCAUUCACUGUCCACAGCAGUUUUCCCUUUGCAACAACGCAGCAGUCGUCCGUUGGUCAGUCGGAUGGCGAGCAGGUGAACGUGUAUGUACAGUUAAAGUGGACGCAGCAGUCAGUCACAGAACACGUUCAGGAUAUUAUUUGCAUCCCCAGAUAAAAAAAAAAAGGCAGAAAUGUUUUAUUGGCUUAAACAAUAAAAAGAUUAAAAAAAAAAGAAAGAAAGAAAAAAAGAAAGAAUCAAACAUGAAGUCGAUUAUUUGCCUGAUUUAUUUUAUUUUUUUUCUGUUUUGUUCCAGGUGAACAUGAGGUGUAUAUUUUGCUUAAAACCCAGUUGCUUUGCCAUUGAUGAGGUUGCGUUUUGGUAAGAAAAAAAAAAAGAUAUAAGAAAUAUUUAGAGUUUUAUAAUGUGAUGGAAAAAAAAAACCCUAACAAAAAUAGUGUUCAGUUGUAUAAUCAGGUAAACUCACAUUCUGUUGCUGCUUCAAACUGUAAGUGUAUUUUCUAGUCUUGGGGGGAAAAAAAAACAAAACAAGUGCGGCUGCUAUGGCCUGCUGUUCUGGAUUUUUUUAUUAUUAUUAUUAUUAUUAUUUUGACUGUUUUUGUUCAAUCUGAGCGUUAAAAAAAGAAUCUGGUCAGAGUUUUUGUUUGUCAAGGUUCACGUGUGUGGGAUGGGAUUGGCAAUAGCAAAAAUUCUGUAAUAAAAUAGUUCUGAAAAACAAUCA